AUGGAUACUACAAAAACAGCCUUACCACCCACAACAACAACACCAACGACAAAUUCCAAAUCCUCAGCAUUUUCAAUAGAAAAUAUUUUGGAACAAAAAUCGGAAAAGAAAACGCCUCUCAUAAAACCCUUGAAUGUUAUAACCAAACAAAUUGCCACAUCACCUGCCACCGCAACGGGAGAAUCGUAUCCUCUACCAUCUCCCACCAACAGCAGCAGCCUAUCUCAAAAAACACCCGAUCUUGAACAAUACUCCGCCUUUAAAAAUCUCACAUUAAAGCAACCGGAAUCGCCGAACACAAUGUUACCUCAGAACCUGCAAACAAAUCAGUUAUUGCCUGCACAUCAUCAUCCGCAAUUACCUGCGCCAACUUCCCCAUCCGGCCCUGCAAAUUUACAUUUUGAUUCGUUGUACGAUCCAGCCGCUUCGCUGUUCUAUCAACAAAUUUUGAAUUUGCAAAAAAAUUCCGCCUUUUUAAUGCCCCAUUUUCAGGCGGCAGCAGCUGCCGCGGCCAUGGCUAAUGCUGCGGCAGCUAAUGGAGUACGAAGUGCCGCCGCCAAUACACCGACGGUAUAUUGUGAUCCCGCAUAUGGGCAAUUUUUGGAUUGUGAAGGUUUCCCUGCCAAUGCCUCUGCCGCUGCUGCCCUCUACUGCAAUGCCGCUGCCGGUUAUCCCGGUUUCUAUAUGCCGGGGUUUGGUGUCAAACGUAAGGGUGGUCAGAUACGAUUCACAUCGCAACAAACUAAAAAUCUCGAAAAUCGCUUCAUCUCAUCGAAAUAUUUAUCACCCGAAGAGAGACGCCAUCUGGCCAUACAGCUGAAGCUGACAGAUCGUCAAGUGAAGACAUGGUUUCAAAAUCGUCGUGCCAAAUGGCGUCGGGCAAAUCAAGCUAAACGUUCGGCAGCCCAUUAUGCCAAUAUGCAGCAACAUCAAACGUCUUCUGCCCCUACGGCCGCCGCCAUUGGUACAGGCGGCGGAACUCUGCCCUCCAGCGCAACAACAAGUGUCAUUAAAACAACAACAACAAAUAACACAAAUCCGCAUUUAAGUGCCGAAGAACAACAAUUUCUAUCGGAGAAUAGUGAAAGUGAUAUGGAUUCGGAUGAGGAGGUCUAUGUCCAAGAUAGGCCAAGGUCGGAGUGA